UAGACACAGACACACACACACACACACGCACUUCGCUGCCAAAAAGCGUCCUCCGCCCCCCUCCUCAGCUAACUUCCUUUCAGCUUUUUUUUUGAGCUGGAUAAUCCUAGGAUUUGUAAAACGGGGGAAAGGAGAGAGCGACUGAGCGGGAGUCAGGACAGGAAGCUGGUUUCUCAUUCCUCCGACUGUCCAAAGCAGGAGGAGGGGAAGGGGGGGAGCCAAAGAGGAGCCUUGUGCAGACUCUUCGCCGGUCGCUUUUCAUCAGUCCGCUUGAACUUCCAGUCUCCUCCGAAAGCCAAGAGGAGGACGACCAGACUGGGACGCCUUCUGCUGGAAGUGGCGACAGCGCGACUGACGAAACCCAGAAGGUGGCUGUGGAGGGUCCCGGGAUCGCGCUGCUUUUCCCUAAAAGACAUCCCUCCACCAUCUCCUGCUCCCAAAUUGCCAGCUCUGAUGCGGGCACCCAUCCGCCACCCACUUGCCUCUGAUGAGAACCGUGCUGGGCUCAGGCUAUGAUCGCUGCUGCUGCGGGCUGUGGAGCCUCCUCUCGCCCUGACCUUCUUCUGCCACAGGAGCAGCCCAACAUCUGGUGGGGAUUAAUGUUUACUUCUCUGGCCGGACGCUGUACGGGACCCCCGAUGUUGCUCCCUGGGAGCGGGACACGGGCGGUGGUCUGAGGAGAAGAGCAAGAAUUUUGUCGCCCAGCGUGAGGCCGGGGGGAGGGGGGCAAGGCAGGAGGGGGGUGAACCUCUUUUGGGACUAACCUCAUGAAGAACAAGGGAGCCAAACAGAAACUCAAGAGGAAGGGAGCCGCGAGCGCGUUCGGCUGCGACCUGACGGAGUAUCUGGAGAGCUCUGGGCAGGAUGUCCCUUACGUGCUGAAGAGCUGUGCGGAGUUCAUCGAGACUCAUGGCAUCGUGGAUGGGAUCUACCGGCUUUCAGGAGUGACAUCCAACAUACAGAAGUUGAGACAAGAGUUUGUUUCUGACCAAUGCCCAGAUCUGACAAGGGAAGUUUACCUCCAGGACAUCCACUGUGUGGGAUCACUCUGCAAGCUGUACUUCAGGGAGCUGCCCAACCCUCUCCUCACUUAUGAGCUCUACAAGAAAUUCACGGAAGCAGUGUCACGCUUCCCCGAGGACGAGCAGCUGGCACGAAUUCAAAAUGUCAUCCAGGAGCUCCCACCAUCACAUUACAGGACAUUGGAAUACCUGAUCAAGCACCUGACUCACCUGGCCUCCUUCAGCAACAUGACCAACAUGCACACCAGAAACCUGGCCUUGGUGUGGGCUCCAAAUCUCCUCAGGUCAAAGGAGAUUGAGGCAGUUGGCUGCAAUGGGGAUGCAGCUUUCCUGGAGGUGCGAGUGCAGCAACUGGUGAUCGAGUUCAUCCUGAACCACGUGGAUCAGAUCUUCAACAACAACAGGAAAGCCAGCUCUGCAGAGAACAUUGAGAGCACAUCAGUUGUGAAAAGUUUGACCCUCCCCUCGGCCUCCCUGCCGAUGAAACUGGUGAGCCUAGAAGAAGCCCAGGCACGGAGUCUGUCUGCAUCCCACCCUGCUCGGAAGGAGAGGAGAGAGAACAGCUUGCCUGAAAUUGUGCCUGUAAUUGGGUCCCUCUUCCACACAGUUGUUGACCUUCCUGACAGCAAGAGGAAAUUAUCCACCAAGUCCAAGAAAUGGAAGUCAAUAUUUAAUUUGGGCCGCUCUGGCUCAGAAUCAAAGUCUAAACUGAGUCGAAAUGGGAGUGUCUUUGUAAGGGCACAGAAGCUCUCUGAAAAAGCAACUAUUCGGCCUGCAAAGAGCAUGGACUCGCUGUGUUCCCUGCCAGUGGAAGGGGAGGAUGACAAAAGCAGGUUCAAACGGUCAGUGACUACUGGAGGAUUCUUUGUUCCCACCAAGAUACGAACAGGAGGCACAGGCAGCUCAUAUGACCUCAGCAAGGAGAAUGAGUGGGAGCGAGAAGGCUCUGCCAUAGGGGCUAAAGGAAGUUCAGAGCUGGGUGGGGAGAAGGGUCUUCCCCGGACACCGCAGGUGAAGUCACCUCCUGAGCAACUGAAGGUUUUCCGGGUAACAGAGGAUGCUGAAAACGAGCAGAUUUCAGCCAAAGGAGUGCUCAUGUUCUACACCUCUGAAACAGCCACCAAGUCAGGCUUCCCAAGCAGCCUCUUUCCCCUGGAGGCCUCCCCUCAUCACCAGAGGAAAGCCCUGAACAUCUCGGAGCCAUUUGCUGUCUCUGUCCCGCUGAGGGUUUCUGCAGUCAUCAGCACCAACAGCACACCCUGCCGCGUGCCCACCAAGGAGAAGCAUUCCCUUUCCAGUCUAGAGGAGCUGUCUUCUCUGGUGGAGAGCACGAGCCCCUCUGCUCUGGAGGCAGGGACCCACACAAGAACAGAGCAGGCAGCAGAGCGCAAGGAGAAACAGCCGGGGCCAGCUCUGCCAGUGGCAGCAUCCAGAGGGUCUCAUCCUGAGGAGCUGGUGGCAGCCAGGAAACCUGAGUCCUUAGAAACGCCACAGCCAGCAGCAGAAAAUCAGGAGAUGUGUGGGCAAAGCAGCUACACAAGCAGCGCUAGCGGCCCCCAGCAGGCCUCAGAGCAGAGUCCCACCUUGGAACAAACACCAGCUUCAGAUGUGGUCCAUAAGGGACCACACCCAGCAGGCAAAGCAGAGCAAGGACAGCUCAAGGUGAGGGAUGCCUCCUCAGAAGGCAGCUGUGACCAACAGGAGAUUGAGAUGGCCAAGACAGAAGAAGGAUCGCGCAUAAGAGAUGAGACAUCAGAGGAGGGCCCGGCGAAUGCCCUUCUAGAACCGCUGUGGCCAGAGAUACAGCAGGAACUGAAAAUUAUUGAACCUGAAGAGGAGCUCUUGCUCUUGCCAGCAGCUGUCCCCAAGACAAUCCCAAUUUCCGAAUCCUCUUCUUCACUACAAACAGAUAGUCCUUCCUCUGGCCCAGGGCAAAGUCCAACACUGGCUGAGCAGAAAUCUGAAAGCAGAGCAUCGCAGAUAACUCAGGUGCCUUUAUUUGGUGCCAGUGGCAUGGAGAAACAAGACAGCCUUCCCAGCUGCCAGUCUGAUGUGGCUGCACAGCACAGUGGUGCUUCAGCCCCACCCAAACAGGGCACUCUUCCAACGGGCUCCGCCAAUCCGAAGAACCACCAGUCAAUGGUGGAGAGCAGGAGUGAAUGUCUCACCCCUACCAUGGACUGGAAGCUUCAUAGUCAAUCAGAAUUUAGUGAGAUUGCCACUAGUGAUGGAUUAUCUUGUUCCAAAGGAGCAUGUCCAGAAUCAGGGAAAGAAAAAGAUGGUGCUUAUCAGCUCCAGAGGGAAAAAGAUGGCCUUACCAGAGUCCAGACUCAGAGGGAGAAGCAUGAGACAAUGACUACUGAUGAAAGGGACACAUUCUCCUCCAAGGCACUGAGUGGAGCUGGAAUCCAGGAGGUGAAGGAAGGCAAUGCUGUUAGCAGAACCCAGGAUGCUGCUGACCAGGAUGAUGAGGAUGCCUGGACAGAUAACGUGCAGAGCUUAGAACUUGUGGAGCCUUGGGAGGAUCACCAGUGGGUUACAAGCCCACUCCAUUCCCCCACCUUUAAGGACAUUCAGGAGAAGAUGACCCAGGAGUUUCACCCACAGAGCCAGAGAACAGAGACUGGCCUUUCUCUUAGACCACGGUUCAGUCGCAGCCUCUCCCUGGACAGUAAAGAUACAGUGCUGAGUCUGUGGACUACCCCAUUCACCUUCAUAGAUGCCACUGACCAGCAGCAGCCAUGCGGUGACAUUCUGCAUUCAGUGCCUUGUGAGCUGUCCAAAACACAACCCAUGUCCCCCUCUAGUUUGGGCAAAGCUGUGCAAGAUGAGAAUGGCUCGAGUCCUCCAGAAGAGCCUUCAAAACCUGAGUAUUCCCUUAUCAGGGAGAAAGCACCAGGUGAGAAAGCAGGACCCUCCAUAGUCCCUCUUUUGGAGACAGAGGGAAAGACAGUGCAUGUGAGCAAAGAAAACCCUUGGAGCCCAAAGCUUCAGUUGUCCUUGCCAUGCCAAAAUAGCCCAGGCAGUUUUUCAGAGACUAAGAACAUGAAGGAGGAGUUGUCCAUCCCUCAGGACACUGCGCUGGGAGGAGAGACUGUCACCAAAGCAUUGUGUUCUGCCACUGAGUCACAGCUGAGUAAUAAAGGUGAAGAAACACCUCACAAGGUUAAGACCAGGCCUUCAUCCCUCAACUUGGAUUCACUCCUCCCAGCCCCAGAUUUCUUCACAUUUGAGAGCCUGUCCAUGCCAUCCGCCCCUGGGAACCUCCUGUAUGGGCAGAAGGAAGUAAAAACCAGUGAUUCUGUCCCAUCCCUGCCGACACACUGCCCUGCUGCCAGUAGGGGUGUUCCCUGGGGCUCUCGUUUCAAUGCCCCUGUGGAUCUAGACUUGGAUUACCUGGCAGUGGCCCAUGCCAACACCGGCCGUCGUAACUCUGCCCCCGUCAGCGUGUCAGCAGUCAGGACCUCCUUCAUGAUUAAGAUGUGCCAGGCUAGAGCGGUGCCCGUGAUACCGCCCAAGAUUCAGUACACCCAGAUCCCCCAGCCCCUGCAGGCUCAGAAUGCUGCUCCAGCCGCUGAGAAGAAGGAAGCAGAAGCCAAGCAGGCCAUCAGGCAAGCUCCACGGGUGGCAUGGAGCCACCUGGAGGCCCCCAAGAGCCCGCUGGCAGAGAAGAAGGCCAAAGCAGAGAAAGAAAAUAGUGACCCUGCUCAAAAGGACUCAGCCUGUCCUUGGCAUGGCACUCUCCUGGGCUCUCCACUGGAGUCGUCUCAGCCCAGUCAUCACCCUGCUCCGGACGCCCCUGUUCUGCGCCGAAAGCGCACCUCUGGCGGGGAGACAGCUGGAGAUAACCCACAGUCUUCAAAGAUAGAGAGGCCAUCAGGGUUCUCCAAACCCUCCUACAGAUCCAGGCCUGGGAGGCCCCAGAGUCUGAUUCUCUUCAGUCCCCCUUUCCCCAUCAUGGACCACCCUGCCUCCUCAGCAGACUCCAGGGUACUGUUGUCACCCAUCAGGAGCCCCACUCAGACCACCUCUCUGAGCCCCAUUUGCGGCGAUCUGUCCGACCCUGCGCGGACAACGCCUGAGGGCGUGACGCUGAGGAACAAAAUGACCAUCCCCAAGAACGGCCAGAGACUGGAGACCUCUACCAGCUGCUUCUACCAGCCCCAGAGGCGCUCUGUGAUUCUGGAUGGACGAAGUGGGAGGCAGAUUGAGUAGCAGCUGCUCCUCCUAUUCCUUUCCUGUGAUGGUUGGAAUGGGAGUGUCCAAGACCAACUCUGUUGCCAUUUUGCUGUUGUUAAAACUACUCUGUUCAAGAUGGACCUGAAUCCUUUAUGGUUUCCUGCAAAGCUUUUGCUGUGGAAGGUCAUAGUAUCUUUGUCUGGCUUUUCAUUCCCCUUGUUACUCCUCCCUCACUGUCUGUUUCUUUUUAUGGUAAGCCGGUCCCAGGGAACUUGCAUUUCUCACACCUGUUUUCUGCUAAGCCCUGUCUCAUCCUCCCUAUGGAAAAAAGGAAAAGUAAAUCUCUGUAUAAUUAGGAAAUAGGGCUGAGAGAAAACAUUGUUACAAAACAGUGCAGCUCAGGGUGCAGAGGCAGAUCUGCUGAGGAGGUAAGUCCAGAUGUUUGGGAACUCCUACCAUUAUUUCCCAGACACCAGUGAAGGACUUUCUGAUUUACAUUGUGUAAAUAAACAGUGCAGGAGGCUGAGGGUAGCUGAAGAGGAAGGUGAAGCUGGCACGAGCAAACCACAUAGGGUGUGAGACACCCAAGGAUGUUCACAGUGAUAAACAUGCUACCUGAAGGCGCCGCCUCCAGUUCUCUCCUUGGAUCAGAGAUGUGCUCUUUCCAGCAUGUGCAGGGGCUGGAAUGAAAGCAGAUGGACAGGAAAUGCCUAGCUGUUCCUUCAGUCUUCCAAGGUCUUCCUCAUGAGCUUUGUGUGCUCAGUCACUCCUUCCUUGGGCACACAAGAUCCGUGUGGCUGAGGAAUGAGUGUGCAGCUGGCUGCCCAGCGGUAGAGACCCCUCAAGCUGAAAGCAGUGAAAGCCAAGGCAAGGUCAUAACCAAGGUCAGUAUCAACUCUUUUCAUCAUUGCUUAAAGCCAGAUGACACCUCUGCAGCUAUCUCCAGCUGAGCUCCACACUGCCAACAGCAGACAAAAGCAAGAGGAUCUUCUUAUCUCCUUGGGGUAUUGCCCUCUUGCACCCUGACAUAUCUUUGACCCUUGGUCUUUCACUGCCACUGUGUGGCAUGUCCCCAGGUGCUUCUUCUCCAUUUAAAUUUUAUCUCCUAUGAUUUUACACUGUUUCUUUGAGAGUAUGGCUGGUUGCCACCUCCCUGGACCUCAGUGCCUUCAGACUGAUUAAGAGUAUGGUAAAGAGGAUGAUUUGUGGGACUGCAGAACAGAUCAUGAACAAGUCCUGAGAGGGGAAUCUGAGGUGAAUUAAACUCUCUCCUGAAGGGAACAUUAGUGUUACAGGCAAAUAGGUGUUCAGAUAUGCAACGGCUGCCAUGGGAAUAGAACUGAAGCUUCCUUUAUAGAGCCUCUAACUCUGCAUUCACCACAGGCUUGUCUAUUGUCUGAUCUAUGGCUGUGGGCGAUGGCAAAGUCGGGUACAGCCUGUGCUGUCUCUGCAAUUUAAGUGUCACUGGUGACUGCGGAGGAGACAGGAGCACAGGUGUUGCUGCCAGCUCUGAGAUUGUCCCUGUAAUGUGCUUGCAGGGGCCGUCUUUCCUGGAGAUGUCUGAGUCUGCAGGCCCUCAGAUGGGUGUGAUGGGCUAUAGUUUAAGCAGUAAACUGUUAGGAAGUGCUAUAGCCACCACAAUGACUGUCAGCCAGAAUUUUCCAAAAGAUGUGUGUUUAGGGCUUUGUUUGGUGAAAUACUGGCAAUUUCCAAUGAUUAGUAAACUAAACCCAUGAGCUCCUAGUCUGUACUGACUGUGCCACUUUAGUAGUGCCAUUGUGGCUGGAGGGCCCCAUACAGUCUGCUUUCUCUGAACUCUGAUUGCUAAAGGAGAGAUAUGCCGCAGUAUUUUUGAGAAGUUAUGGGUCCACAAAUGCAAGGAAUAUAUCUUCAGCAGAAUUUUCUCCUUCCAUUUCCAAAGGGAGUGUGAAAAUGCAAGAGGGCUUUUCCUUGUCACCAGCUGCAGUCUUUGAUUCUCCCUACUGCACUCUUUAUUUGUGUAUAGUCCCACAUGGGAACAGAGCAGAGAACUAAGUCUGUGCUGUCAGUUUUGUUGAGGGAGAUUAUUAAACCAGAUGAGAGCCUGGAGUUCUUGUUUGGGUCCGUGCUCUUUCACAGGCAGCAGCCUAUGCUUUACCUGGGCAAGCUGUGGACAGCAGGCCCAGAAUAUGCAGCUUCAUGACAAUUGUAUUAUUCUACUCACAGACCAUAAUUUGCGUGUGCAGCCUCUUAUUAAAACUAGGGAAUUUCCAGUCCUUCAUGCUCCUCCAUGGUUAGCACAGCUCCACACUGCAUUUACAUGGCACUGCCUCAUGAGAAAGCUUUUAAUCACCGUGGCUGGGUUAAUGACAAAGGGAAGGUGUGAUAUGAGGUAUUGUGGUAAGGUUUUAGAGGAAGUAAAAGUUGUGGAAAUGAUGCCCAAGGGUUUUUUUGGUGUCAACAAAAUAGUUUACUUUGGACAAGGAUUUGUAGUAUCUCAGUUCCUAGAAGUUUUGACUGCCAAGGCACCUGGAAGGGAGCUAGAGAAGCUCACAAAGUAAUGCAUCAGAAGGAAAAGAAAAUGUGAUGAAAACCUUGGCAUGUUAAAACCAUUUUCCCCCCCUCUUUAUUCUCAUAUAAGCUGAUCUAUGAACAAGAAAUGAGGUCUGGCAAUUUGUAUAUAAUACACUGUCUCAACUCUUAACAGCAUUCCAGUAAGUAAUAGCGCUUUUGGCAUAAAUGGUGAAACUCCUGCAAAAGAAAAAUUAUUAGAAGUCAUGACUUGAUAUUAAAGAUCAGCCUCAACUAAAAUCUGUAUCCAGACUAUACUUUUUAAGGGUGUUUCAGAAUUUGAACUCAGAUCUGGGUCCUGGAUUUUAAUUAAGCUUAGAUGCUGCAAUGAUAUCUUUAUUUUGUAGCUUGAUCCCAUUUCCUAUCUACAAUUUCUCCAGCCUUCAGCUGAUGUAUCCAGAGCACUUAAAAUAAAGCCCCAGGUCCUGCAGAGAUGAAAUCAUGUUCCUAGUUGCAAGGUGCGCUGUUGCACAGGUGUAAUUGUUGUCAGCUCCAGACUCAGCCUUCUGCAGAGUCAGUAAAGCUUGAUGAUGGAUCCAUGCUGAUUCUGGUACCUGCAGUCAGCUUGAAGGACCAGAGCUUGGGAGCUGGACAGGGCCAGAAGACAGAUGCCACCUCCCAUUGAAUGGGACUGGGUGGCUGAAGCGUCCUGAGAUUCAGCUUUACUAAGAUAUCCCUGAUGUCAGAUUCAGGGUCAGAUCUGAUCUCUUUAAGAAAGGACUUUCUUCUUUCUUGUGUUUUUUCUCCUUGGUUUUGGGUUUGGUUUUUAUUGUUUUAGUUUGUUGGUUUGUUUGUUUGGGGGUUGUGUUUCUGUUUUUCCUUUGUUUAUCUGUGAAGCAUUAUGAAGAGGGAGAGAUGGGAUUUAUGGGAGAUGAGUCUGGCCCUGGAGAGCUAAGAUUGGUAUUAUUGAAAGGACUUUCCUAAAUAGAUUGGCUCAUCAUCUGCAGCUCCACAAGGAUCAUGUCAGGGACCCUGCAGUACAUUUCAGUUCUCCUGAGACUAAAGUAAAGGCUGUUCCCCAGUUUGCAGAUGGCCCCAGUAUCAGACACGACAAAGUAUCCCCAGCAUGUGUUGCUGGUGGGCUUUUACAAGUGGAAGAAAAGUGAGUAAAUUUCACUUAUUCUUCCCAUGUAGUCAGGGGGUUGGUGCAGCUUCUCUUAAACGUAGCUCAGAGUGAAAUGGCUGAGCUGGCAAAGGGGAGAAUCCCUGAUGGGAAGGAGGGACAUGGAUAAUGUUAGCUCGUGUGGGAGCUGCCUCACUGGCAGGAGAGUAAACAAAAAUGAAGGUAUUUUAUAAGGUAUUUUACCUUACAAACCCUGGUCCUCUGGGCUGUCCAUCUCUUGCUAUCACUGUAGAAAGACUGAAGUACUUAUUUUUUCACCUUUAGAACUUCAGAGGAACUUAAGUCUGUAUUAGAGACAUUCAUGAAGCCUGAAACAUUUUCCUUUAUCCAGCGUCCAAAUGGUGCAAUCAAAAUAUAUUUUUUUUCUUUAUGGAUUCUGAAACGCCUAUAAUGGUGAAUAUUUUUAAAUUUUAUAUAUAUAUAUAUAUAAAAGAUCAUUCUAUGUAAAUGUAUUAAAAAAAGGAAAUGUAAUUAACAUGAAGGAAUUGCCUAAAUAGUAUUUUACACAUCUGUGAAACUUGGGCUGAUGCAUGGAACUGUUUUCUGCUGCUGUGUUUGCAGCACUGAGAGUGUGAGAUGAAAUAGCUUUUUGUUCACAGAGUAGCUAAUUAGUUCUGGUUAAUCUGUGGUGGGCAGAAGGCCUGAAUGUGCCUUCCUGAGAAGGAUCUUGUCCUGGGAAAGGAGGGACAAGAUCAGGGGAGACCAGAGUUCAAGGGCUGAUUUAGCUUUCCACCACAAGCUACUCCCCAGGCCUUAAAAAUGCAAACAAUCUACUGAAGCAUAUACUACCUUUCAGGCAUGCCCAGGUUUUGCAGUUGUCCUUUUUGCUUCUCUCCAUCUCUAGGAAAAAGAAAACUAGAAACCUCUAGGGGUGGAGGAGAAGCUGCAGCUGAUCCCUAUUUUGUUUAACCUUUGCUUGCUCCUAACUGAUGUAAAGGCUUGGUGAUAACUAAUUCUGCUCCAAGCAAGGAAUGGAAAACUUCCCAUUGAGUUCGACUGGAGAUGGAGUAGGACUUUAACAGCCCCAGAAAGGAAGGAUAGCAGAAGGCAAGAACUUUCUGAGGGCUCCAUACAGCAGUCCAGACCUUGGAUCUUGUGCUUGCAGGCACCAGUCCCCUUUGAAAUAUUAUUUGCUGCCAGGUCAAGACGAGGGCUGGAAGCUGGUCAAUAUGAAGAGGACUGUCUCCAUCCCACUGGCCCUGGUUUUGUGAUGAUUUUUCCUGCUAGCUCUGAUGAAUUGCAGUUUUGUUAAGCUUUUUUCUCUGUGUGGACUUGCCUGCCUCUGUGCGUGAUUGUUUAAAAAAAAAAAAAGGAAAGAAAAACAACAGCCACAAAAGAAAGAUGUUUGCCAGGUCUCAGCCAUGAGAUUAAACUGGAGUUUUUAUAAAAACA